UGAUGGUUGGGUUUAGAGUUGUGGUAAGUGUAGAUGUUAAUAGCUUUGAUGGUUGGGUUUAGGUGUGGAGUAGAUGUAGACUUUAAUAACUGAUGGGUGUAGCACCAUCUUGCUGACAACAUAAUUUUGACACAUGGAUCCGGAUAACUGCAAGUUACGCCCCUUCAUGUUAUGCCACUGUCUUGCAAACUUCAGACAGACACUACUCCAAAAAUGACUCUUUUAGUCACAAAGGUUGCCGAGCCCUGCUUUAAGGAGACAUUAGUGGAAGUAGAAAUCAUUCUUGCAGGGGUUGAAGAUCAAAUGUGUCAGUUAACAGCCCACAACUUAAAAUUAGCAUAAAUGCAUGGUCUGUUGCUCUCAUGUAGAUUCAUUAGGACAUGUUUUCAUGGAGGUGAGCAACCUUCUUCAAAUGCGUCUCCUCUUCUUUAGACCCUCAUCAAGGGUUAAAGAAUCCAUGAUCACAACAAUAUAUGCCUUUGGGGCCAUUUCUGCUGCUAUAUCAAUCAUAGUUCUUCCCAUUCCAGCAAUUAAGAAACGCCGUUCAAAACUUGACAGAAAACAACUUUAUGAUCUCAAAUGGAGAUGUUAUUUAGUUUGGGUCACUGUCAUGGUUGUUAUGCUCAUCGGGCACAGUGGACUUAUUUUAUACUUUCUCAGCAUUAUUCUGGAGUAUAGUAAUGAGCGUUUCGGAUGGAUCUUUGUCACAGUUCUGCUCCAUAUCUUCACUGCUAUUGCACCUCAACGAUUCUCCAGAACAGUUCCUGAUGCAAUUUACACUGCUUUGUUCAUGUAUGGGGCAGCGGGUCUACCAGUGGUCAACUCAAUUUCUCUUGCAACAGAAUUAAUACUACAGACAUACAAGGGGGAGAGAACGGUGGAUGAUCUGCGUGUAAUAGUGCUGCCGUUUGAAAGCAUUAUGUCUGGCUUGUGGCUGGUUUUACAGAUUUCUGCUUAUUGGGCAGUUCAAGGGAAAGAUGUCCUAAGGGAGCUGUGUGAGCUGAGAGAUUUCGUGGCACAGCGCACAGACUGCACACCACAGCAAGGAGACGUUGGUAAAUCAGAGAAUUUGGAGGAACUUUCGGAGGCCCAAAGAUUUCAGCCAGAGCAGGAGCCAUUCCUGGAAGAGCAAGAACAAGAGGUUUAAAAUCUUAAAACAGUCACAUAAUGGAAUAGUUCACCCAAAAAUGAAAAUUUACUCACUAUUCACUUGUCCCC